CACACACGUUCACGUCAAACGGCCUCCACCAUCAUCAGCCAUUUGAAUGUGACUUGUUAGUGUUUAUUUUUUCAACAAUCAGGAAAUGUUUGACAACAAUGAUAAAAAAAACCAUUUAUUUCAAUUACCUCGCGAUAGAUUCAUAAUGAAGUAUCAUUCUGAUAUUUUUAAUUGGAGUGUUUACAAGAAAUGAUGCAAUGUCCUGGAUCAGGAGAAAAAUCAUCUCGGCGGCAUCCUGGGUGCCGCAAGUAACUCAAGUACGUUUUCGUUAUCACGCAGAGAGAAGAGCUAAUGGACCACUCGUCAGACGUUUCGGGUACACAGAUCCAAUAAAUAACCGUGGAUUACUGCCACGAGAAGAUCAAACAAGAAUACGUCAACUGCCUGUUUAUCGUCCGACUGACAAUUGGUCAGAAAGACGUGCACUUUUUGGACAAAAUGAUUACAUUGACAUCCUCGGUGACGACAGCCUCCAUCCAACACGAAUCCUGUACAACGUUCCUUCCUGGCUGCGUGGUAUAAAGAACGAUCAGAUGAGGAUUCUCAUACGAAAGAAGAAAAUAUUGGGAAAAGGUAUCUUCCCUAUUUCAAAUCCAACGAAAUGGAACGACAUGCAAAAGCAGAUCAGAUUUUUGUACAAGUUCUUGAAUCGUAAAACUAAAACUUUCAUCAAGUAUUAGUAAAUUUGAUUGAGUUGUUCAAGUA